AUGCGCGUUCAGGAAUUGGCAGACGAAUUUGUUGCGUUCCAAAACCGCAUAGAUCGUAGCUUUGACGACAUGCAGGCUCGAGUUGAACAUCGAUUCACUGAACAUCAAAAUCAAUUCACUAGUAUAACUGCUCAAUUACAGGAGAUUCAUGCUGCGGUGGUAAGGGCACAUGUUCGAACACCUGGUGUGCAUGCUGUGUCUGGAAUUGAAUCUGGAGGUACUUCGCAGCCACGUUUUCUUGUUGAUGAUCCUCGUUCCAUAAUGAAAUCGAUUCGGAUGGAGUUUCCAGUUUUCAAUGGCACUGAUCCUAAUAGUUGGAUUUUUCGUACGGAGAUGUAUUUUGGCUUGCAACAGGUUCCUGCUGCACUUCAGGUUCGUUUAGCUGGUAUACGUAUGGAGGGUUUGGCUGGUCCUUGGUUCCAGUGGUUAUUCAAUGGGGGUUCCAUUCAGUCCUGGGAGCAAUUGAAGGUAGCCAUCCGUCAGCGUUUUGGUGGUACCGCAUAUACUGAUUUGCGUGGAGUGCUUUCCAAACUCACACGGGAUGGUUUGCUUCCUGAUCUACGACGGGCAAUUCAAUUACAUUCACCUACAUCUCUCCAUCAAGCCAUGCAGUUGGCCAUUACCUAUGAUGCUCAUUUUGUGGAGCUCCGUUCCUCUUUUACAUCCCCUGGGAGCACAAAGAGCUUUCCAAAAAAUUCUUAUACUGUCGAUCAUCCUAAACCAUCGAAUUCCAUUCUGCCCAGUCAGAAACAGACUUUUCCAGCUUUACCUUCCAAUGUACCGUUCAAGAAGUUAAGUAAUGAGGAAUUGGCGAAAAAGAGGGAGUUAGGAAUAUGCUAUACAUGUGAUGAGAAGUGGAAUUCACGCCACAAAUGUAAGUCCAAAUUAUUCCUACUGGUGGGAGAUUGGGAGGAAUGUGUGGAGGAGUCUGACGAACAAAUUGUUUGGCAACUAGAGUUGUCACAGGAAGAGUCACAUGAAGCUGCUUUGCACUCUCUGAAAGGAGAUACUAAUCCUAGAGCUCUUCAAUUUCAGGUUGAGUUUCAUGGUCAGAUGAUUCCUAUUCUGGUAGACUCUGGGAGCUCUCAUAAUUUCAUCCAGAAGCAAUUGGUUGCUGAUGUGGGUUUACCCUCUGUGAGAGUUCCUCGGAUGCGGGUGUUUCUGGGAAAUGGGGAGUUCCUUAUUUGUGACAGAAAGUGCUUGUGUGUUCCAUUGCUUAUCCAAGGGUACUCUUUUGUGGUUGAUUUGUGGAUUAUUGAGCUCUCUGGUUUUGGCAUCAUCUUAGGUAUGUCUUGGUUGAGUCGAAUUGGAAGGGUGCUCCAUUAUUAUUCCGAAUUAUCCAUGGAAUUUAUGACAUGUGAGGGCAGGGUGAUACUGCAUGGUGAAAAUCCCUGUAAAGCUGUGAGUCCUGUUGAGCAACGUUGUUUGAGCUUAGAGGGAAUAAAAGUGCAGGAGGUGUCUGGUAUUUUACCGGAAUUGCUGGAACUGGAACAAAAAAUUCCCCUGCCUAUUUGGGAUAUUUUGGUACAAUUUCAGCCUGUAUUUCAAUUGCCAAGAGGACUGCCACCAUUCAGGGGGUGUGACCAUGCCAUUAAUUUGGUAGAAGGAGCACGACCAGUGAAUGUAAGGCCAUACAGAUAUGGCUAUCAUCAAAAGGCUGAAAUAGAACACCAAGUUUCAGAAUUGGACCGUUUUCCUAUACCAACAAUUGAUGAGCUACUAGAUGAGCUUCAAGGAGCAAGGAUUUUCACUAAGCUGGACUUGAGGAGUGGUUACCAUCAGAUAUUAUUGGUUCCGGAAGACACUUCCAAGACUGCAUUCAGGACUCAUGAGGGGCAUUAUGAGUUCUUGGUGAUGCCCUUUGGGUUAACCAAUGCCCCUUCCACUUUCCAGGCUGUCAUGAACCAUAUGUUUAGGCCAUUUCUUAGGAAGUUCAUUAUAGUUUUUUUCGAUGAUAUCCUCAUUUAUAAUAGUUCUAUGGAGGAUCAUUAUAAUCAUCUUGUAUUAACUUUGACCUGUUUGCAGGAGAACUUGUUUAUGGUGAAGCUUAGUAAGUGUGGGUUUGCACUAGCUGAAGUGGAAUAUUUAGGCCACUUAGUUUCUGGAGAGGGUGUUAAGGCUGAACCCAAGAAGAUUGAUGCCAUGAGACAAUGGCCACAGCCGAAGACAAUUAAGCAGUUGAGGGGUUUUAUUGGCCUCACGGGGUACUAUCGGAGAUUCAUCCGAAACUAUGUUGCUCUUGCUUCACCAUUAACUGAUAUGUUGAAGAAGGACUCCUUCUUUUGGACUGAUGAAGCUGCCAAGGCCUUUGAGGUUUUAAAGGAUGUUAUGUCAGGCACUCCUGUAUUGUCCCUUCCUGACUUCUCAUUACCUUUUGUAGUGGAUACUGAUGCUUCAUCAGUGGGCAUAGGGGCUGUUCUCUACCAGCUGAAUCAUCCUAUUGCUUUCUUUAGCAAAAAACUUGGGCCGAGAAUGAGAGUGGCAUCAACUUAUGUUAGAGAGUUGUAUGCCUUAACUGAAGCAGUUAAGAAGUGGCGGCAUUAUUUGUUAGGCUCUAAAUUCAUCAUUCGUACCGAUCACAAGAGUUUAAAGGAGCUUUUAACUCAAACGGUACAAACAGUGGAACAACAAAAAUAUGCUUGCAAAUUAAUGGGGUAUGAUUUCUCCAUUGAAUACAAGCUAGGAGCUACCAACAUUGUUGCGGAUUCCUUAUCCAGAUGCUGUGACGAUGAGCACUGUGAGGAUGAGCAAGCAGGAAUCAACUUGGCUUUAAUAUCAGAAGUUACUUUUUCUGUUGUUGAUCAAAUACGUGGGGAAAAUAAAACUGAUGCUGACUUAAUUAAUAUUCGACUGAAGUUGCAGCAAAAUGAGUUGCCGGAUCCAGAAAUUUUCGAUAGAGAUGGUAUCUUAUACCAUAAAAAUCGAUAUUAUUUGGGCACCAAUUCUGCUUUGAAGGACAUGCUUAUGGAGGAAGCUCAUUCCACAUUGAUAGGAGGCCAUGCUGGGAUUGCUCGAACCUUUUUGAGGUUUUCUGCGUCAUUUCAUUGGAAGGGUAUGAGGAAAGAUGUACAUGAAUUUGUCAAGAGCUGCUCAACUUGUCAAAUGAUUAAGACUUCUACCUCACCACCUCUCGGAUUGCUUCAGCCACUGCCUAUACCUGAUGGGGUAUUUGAGGAUUUAAGCAUGAAUUUAUUACAGGUCUUCCAACAUCUAAGGGAUUUAAUGUCAUCUUAG